AUGUCCGACUUUGAGCGUCUCCCCAAGCAGCACAACCGUAAGUCCCAGUCGAAGAUGACCGUCAUGGCCAGGGAGAGCGCCACCAGCGCUUGGGUCGUCACUCUGCUCGUCCUCGCCAUCGCUUUUCUGAGCUUUGCCAUGAUGAUGUCGUCGGCUCAGCAGACGGAGCAGUCGAUCACCAUCUCCGAAUGCCUCAAGAGGAUCCCCGUCGUCCCUGGUGACUACCUCGAGAAGAUGCGCAAAAAC